GUUACAACAUGAUAAGAAGAAACACCUGCUUAGAUAUUAAGAAGGGUAUUAACAUAUCUUAUGAUUUGUAGGAACACUGGGAACAGCUUGGCAUCACAAUCUGGACAUAUGAGACAUAAGGAAGCACACAUUUCAAAAACAAUCCAGUAGAUGGAGGAAUAUUGAUGUAAGCUAAAUAAAGCUGCGCCAAAGAAACUGGGAUUUCGUAUAAAAUCCUGAAUAGAGAAGAAUGUUUAAUAUGAAUCGCAGCACACUUCUCAGCAGAGAAAUGAAAUGCUUGAAGGACGGAGCUUUGAAUCAGAGUAGCAACAUAUUGAAGCAGUGAGGCUUUGGAAAAUGGAAGUUCAAAUGCUGACAUACUACUCUAUGGAGGAAGAAACAGAAGAACCAUUGUAUCAAGACUACAAACCACCAGCAUUGGAUGCUAUCCAGUUGCCAAAAUAUGUCCUAUAUUUGUUGAUGGCAGCGCUUGUAGUUAUUGUGGUCGCAUAUGCAAUUGUGGGCCAUUUAAUGAAAGACCUUCUACAUGAUUUUGCAGAUUGGGCAUUUGGACCAAAGAUAGAGGACCAGAAACCUGGGGAAAGAGGCUUCAAAGAUGAGAGUGAAAGACAUGCUGGUGAGUUUACACUAAGCAUGGAUGGAGGGGAAAUACAAUUUGGAGACCUACCAUUCUUGGAUAGAGAUCCAUUACCUGCACAUUCAGCCCACCGGCCUUCUCUGAUCACCUUUAAAGAAGUCAGCCGCAGCAAGCUCUUCUGAUAUGCACUAGUAAAAGAACUCUGGAAGGCUUCAAGAACCAUAAAAAAACAUGAUGGAAUAUGAUUUGGAAUUUUAUUUAAUGUAAUACUGAACACACUCCUGAAUGUAAAAUACAAUGUAACUCCUGAAUGUAAAAAAGUAACAUCAAUAAAUAUUAUUAGUUAUUAGAACCAAAAUAGUAACAAACUAUCCAAUAACAGUAACAAAUGGGAAGAAAAAGAAGGAAGAGCACAGAUGUUAAGCACAAAAGCAUGCUUUUACCCAAGCAGGUAAACAGAAGAAGCCACAUAUAAGAAAAGAUUACUGCAUAAUACUGGCUUACACUUUAAAAUGCUCACGGCAGAAAUCAGUAACUUACCAGGCAAAGUCCAACAAUGAAAUCUUUAAUCGGUUUAUAGCAGCAGUAAAUGCAGCCUGUGGACAGCCUGGCAUAACUAACCAUAUAAUAAGUUGUUACAAUAUUACAGAAAAUACAGGAUAAAUAGUAGUCUUAGGCCUUCACAUAAGGGACUGAGCUAAAUAUUAUAGAGUUAGGUAGCAUCAUAUUGUCAUAUAGUGAGCCCUGUGGUACGUUUCAUAUUGGUGCUUAAAAUGUAGGUGUACUCCAUAAUAAAUAUUAAAUGUACAUAUAGCUUAUUAUAGUGUGUACUUUCCGUAAAUGCCUAUUAUAAUAAACAGUGAGUCCCACAUCCAACUCCUGCAGUGUUAUGUUAUUUUAAUGUGUUAAUUGUGGUUGAAUCUGUAGUGAACUUGCUUUGUUACAUAAGUCUGGGAGGAGAUGGAAUAUCAUGUUACAGAACUCAAAGUUAGUGGCUUUUACCCCCAGAGCCGCCAUAAAAUGCAGAUAACUGAGUGACUAAUGGUGUAUUAAGAAAGAGGCAGAACAAGGAAUAUAUUCUGUGUGUGGAUCAAAACAGACAACAGCCAGUUGGAUUACUGCUUUCAAGCUGAAGGUUUCUCCAAAGAAUUACCUUUUUCAACAAUUCUUCACUAUGACCACCGCAUGCAAAAUGAUUGUUGCUUUGCUGUUUUUUAUAUCUACAAAUGCACAGCAAGAUGUGCGUCAAGAAUCGUCUAGUUCAAACUCCGGUGGGCUUCAGCCAUGGUUGCUUGGUCUUACAGCCAUGGUUGUCUUCCUUUUUAUUGUGUUUAUCUUAAUGAUUGUAAACAGACUCUGGUGCAAUAAAAGGAGUAACAUUGAUGAGGAAGACAAUAAAAGAGAAAGAGCUCAAAUGAAUGUCUAUGACAAUGAUGGACUUGAUGAAGAAGGAUUUGAAAACAAGCUAAAAGAACAUGAAGGAAACAUGAAAGCCAUGGGCAAGUGGGAUAAAAAAGAAAACGAUGAGCCAAAAGUCACAGCAAUGUGAUCAUCCUGAUAUUUUAGUAUGUUUGUUUUUCCUAAAUGUAAAAUGUAUACGUUUACGGCAAACAGAUGUGUUUCAUCAUUAUUAAUAAAUUAAUAAAUCACAGCCUUACAUUAAAAAACACAUUUCAAUAAAGAGUUAUUUCUGCAUUAUUUUUACCAA